CUAGGGCUCAACUCUCUCUCUCUCUAUGACUCACAAACUUCCUUCAAAAUCUUCCAAACUCUUAUUCGAAAUCUAAUUUCUAGAAACCCUAAUUUUUGAAUCCGCGACUUCAGUUCGAUCCAAGCGAUGAGCAACCCAAGCAGUUCGGGAUGGGAUUCAUCUUCGAAUUUGACUCAGUUCGGGAUCGGUUUGGCCAAUACGGUUCAGUCGGAGGUCGCUUCUCACUUGCCGCUCCCUUCGUUACCUAUAUUCUGCGGCGCGAGUCAACCUGGGGAGUUCAAGCUCUUCGAUGAGGUUGGGGAAGGUGUUAACGGCAUCAGGUCGUUGAAUCGCAGUGAGAUUCUCUCGCAGUCUAGUAGAAUCGCGAAGAUGCUUGAACAAACUGACGUUUCUUAUCUGGAUCUUAGAAACGAGGCUAGGGCGAUGAACUGUAAUUCUGUGGAGCCUUUGCAGUUAUAUGACCAAGUUCUACGAUGCAAUCCUGGAGCAUUUGAGUGUACCACCCCUGGUCCGACCUGCGAUCCAGUCUGUACCAAUGAAGAGCCUCAACAGAGAAGUUCUGAGCCAAGUGUUCCUGUCAAGAUUCAACGACAGGCCGAUCAUCAUUUGGGUAGGAGUAUCAAUCCUGAGCCUCUGAAAAGGGUGUUACGAUCAAAUCAUGUUGAAGAUCAUAGUUGGCAUUCCAAACCUUUGAUAAACGAGUCACCUAGAGAUGAUAUUACAACUGACUCUCGACCUGAAACGAUCACCAUGAAUGAAUCUUCUGCUUCAAAGAAGUCAAAGGGAAAGAAGAAACGUAAAGAUGACGCUGGCCCUGGCGCGUCUUCAGUUCAGCCAGAUUCAUCCGUGCUUCAAGAGUCCAUCGUUACAAGCUUUUGUGAGAUGCUGGAGGACUUCUGUGGCAGAGCUGAAGUCCCUGGUGAUGAUAGGGAUGGAGCAGAGUGGUCAGUCGUGCCUGUUGAUGAAGUUCGUGUUCUGGUGACUGAGUUGAUGACUAUAAGGUCAAAAAUGCUUCUGCAUAUGGUACCUGUUGAUAUUCUGUCGAGGUUAUUGCAUACUCUGGAUCAUCAGAUACAUAGGGCAGAAGGCUUGUCCAUUAAUAGUGAGCAUUCAGAUUCAGAUUCAGUUGGGCUGGUUCUUGGUGCCCUAGAGUCCAUCCAUGCAUCGCUUGCAGUGAUGGCAAACAGUGAUAUGCCAAAGCAGCUCUACAAGGAAGAGGUAAUUGAGAGAAUUCUGGAGUUUUCUAGGCACCAAAUGAUGGCUGUGAUGUCUGCUUAUGAUCCAUCUUACCGCAGCGCAAGUAAACCAGCAGAUAAUGUGGCAUUUGAAGGUUGUUUUCCGAUUUACUUUGGAAGUUGGGACCUGUUGUUCGUAGAAAGGUUGUCUGACAGUUGCAUUUUACAACUGUUGAAGACAUGUACGACAACAUUUUUGGUGGAAAAUAUCCAACUUCUGCAACUUAAAGCCAUUAGCUUAAUCGGUGGUAUAUAUAAUUCAUAUGCUCAACACCGAACGUAUGUGAUAGAUGAGUUAUCGCAAUUGCUAUGGAAGUUACCUUCCUCGAGACGAGUGCUCAGAACGUAUCUUCUCCCUGAUGAAGAACAGAAGCAGAUUCAAAUGGUCACGGCUUUGCUCAUUCAGUUGGUUCACAACAGCACAAGCCUUCCUGAAACCCUGAGACAGGCUUCCUGUGCAAACUCCAUACUGGAGACGCCCGUUGAUGAUGGCUACCUUACUAAAUGUCAUGAGGCGGUUACAGAAACAUGUUGCCUUUUCUGGACUCGUGUCCUUGAACGAUUUGCCAGUGCAAAGGCUCAAGAUGCCUCUGAGAUAAAAGUGAUGAUUGAGAACCUUGUUAGUGAUUUACUGACAGCAUUGAAUCUUCCUGAAUAUCCAUCAGUGUCUCCCAUUCUUGAGGUUCUCUGCGUCAUACUUCUGCAUAAUGGAGGGUUGAAAUCAAAAGAUGUCUCGGCCCGGUCAAUGGCCAUCGACUUGCUAGGCACAAUUGCUGCAAGGUUGAAACAGGAUGCUGUUCUCUGCAGUGGAGACAGAUUCUGGGCGCUACUAGAAUCAGAUACUGAAACCAAACUUGACCAAUCUGGUACAAAAGAUUGCGCUCUCUGUUUAGGUAAAAGGGCUGGGAACUUAUUAGGCUGUCAAAUUUGUCAAAGGCGGUUUCAUGCUGAUUGUUUGGGUUUAAAGGAACUAGACAUUCCAAGUCGAAAUUGGCAUUGUCCGUUUUGCAUAAGUAAGAGGCAACUUCGUGUACUGCAGUCUUACUGCAAGACGGACACCAAGGGCACUGGUAAGUUGGAAUCAGAAGAAGAUCCAAACGUGGUUACACAGACAGAAGUGGUGCAACAGAUGCUCUUGAAUUACCUUCAGGAUGGUGGAUCUGCUGAUGAUGUGCAUACUUUCAUUUGCUGGUUUUAUCUUUGCCUUUGGUAUAAAGAUGUCCCAAAAUCUCAGAAAAAAUUCAAAUAUUACAUUGCCAGACUGAAAGCGAAGUCAAUAAUCCGUAACUCUGGAGCAACUAGUUCGUUCUUGACAAGAGAUGCUAUUAAGAAAAUUACUUUAGCUCUUGGACUUAACAGUUCUUUUUCUAGAGGAUUUGAUAAGAUUCUACACAUGCUCCUGGCUAGUUUAAGAGAGAACUCUCCCAUUAUUAGGGCCAAAGCUAUGCGAGCGGUUAGUAUAAUUGUUGAAGCUGAUCCAGAGGUAUUGUGCGAUAAGCGUGUUCAGUUGGCUGUUGAAGGAAGGUUUUGUGAUUCUGCCAUAUCUGUGAGGGAAGCAGCACUGGAACUUGUUGGUAGGCAUAUUGCAUCACAUCCUGAUGUUGGUUUAAAGUAUUUUGAGAAGGUCGCUGAGAGGAUUAAGGAUACUGGAGUGAGUGUUCGAAAGCGAGCUAUCAAGAUAAUACGUGACAUGUGUACUUCAAACGCUAACUUCUCGGAAUUUACAAGUGCAUGUGCCGAGAUAUUAUCUCGUAUCAGUGAUGAUGAGUCUAGCAUCCAGGAUCUUGUGUGCAAAACUUUUUAUGAAUUCUGGUUUGAGGAACCUCCAGGGCAUCAUACUCAGUAUUCUAGCGAUGCUAGCUCCAUCCCAGUGGAAGUGGAAACGAAAACUAAGCAAAUGGUGGGGCUGUUAAAGAGGACCCCAAAUCACCAGCUUCUUGUAACAAUUAUUAAGCGUGCCCUGGCCCUUGAUUUUUUCCCUCAAGCAACUAAAGCUGCUGGUAUCAACCCAGUUGCUCUUGCAUCGGUACGCAGGCGUUGCGAGCUGAUGUGCAAGUGCUUACUGGAAAACAUAUUACAGGUAGAAGAACUGAGCCGUGGAGAGGGAGAGGUGCAAGUGCUUCCUUAUGUACUUGCUUUGCAUGCUUUCUGUCUGGUGGAUCCUGGGCUGUGUACACCGGCUUCAGACCCUACGAAGUUUGUUAUUACCCUACAACCGUAUUUGAAGAGUCAGGUUGAUAGUAGAAUAGGAGCACAGUUACUAGAGAGUAUUAUUUUCAUUAUCGAUUCUGUUCUACCCUUGAUCCGCAAGCUGCCUCUUAGCGUCACAGAAGAUCUGGAGCAAGAUCUAAAGCAUAUGAUUGUUCGGCAUUCAUUUCUAACUGUUGUUCAUGCAUGCGUUAGGUGUCUUUGUUCUGUGAGUAAAUUGUCUGGAAAAGGUGUUAGUGUAGUUGAGCAUCUUCUUCAGUUCUUUUUAAAGCGGCUGGAGGCCCAAGGGUCUGAUAACAACCAGAUUGCUGGGCGGUCCCUUUUUUGUCUUGGCUUGCUUAUUCGCCAUGGAAACUCUCUUAUUAGCACCUCAGGUGGCAGGAAAUUUAAUCUCUCCGGCUGUCUCAGUUUGUUCAAACAACAUCUCCGCGUCGAAGAUUUUUCUUUGAAAGUCAGGUCCCUGCAGGCUCUAGGUUUUAUUCUAAUUGCGCGGCCUGAGUACAUGUUGGAAGACGACAUUGGGAAGAUAAUCGAGAGUACAUUAUCAGAUGAAGCAAACGGGCGUAUGAAGAUGCAAGCAUUGCAAAACAUGUAUGAUUACCUUCUUGAUGCGGAAAAACAAUUGGGAUCCGAUAGAGCUGCUGAUAUCACGGUUAACCCAAUUGAGCAAGGUGGAAAUACUGUACCUGUGGCCGCUGGUGCAGGUGACACCAACAUUUGCGGAGGCAUUGUGCAGUUGUAUUGGGAUAAGAUAUUAGGUAGAUGCUUGGACUUUGAUGAUCAAAUACGUCAGAUUGCUCUCAAGAUAGUGGAAGUAGUGCUACGUCAAGGUCUUGUUCAUCCUAUUACAUGUGUUCCUUAUUUGAUUGCCCUUGAGACAGAUCCUCUCGAGGCCAACCAAAAGCUGGCCCAUCAUUUACUAAUGAAUAUGCAUGAGAAGUAUCCCGCAUUUUUUGAAAGCCGUCUCGGUGACGGACUUCAAAUGUCUUUCAUCUUCAUGCAAUCCAUAAGCCAGGUCUCUUCAGAAUCAAAUCAAAAUCCUCAGCAGAAGGGUUCGACAAACAUGUCGGGGAAAAAUGAUCAUACUAAUACCACUCUCACACAAGCUAGACUUGGAGUCUCUAGGAUCUACAAGCUUAUCCGUGGGAACCGGAUUUCUCGGAACAAAUUUAUGACAUCUAUUGUUCGCAAGUUUGAUAAUCCAACCUGGAGUGGCUCAGUGAUAUCCUUUCUGAUGUAUUGCACUGAAACCCUUGCUUUACUUCCAUUCACAACACCUGAUGAGCCGCUCUAUCUUGUAUAUUCCAUAAACCGAGUUAUACAAAUCCGGGCUGGUGCGAUCGAGUCAAAUUUGAAGGGUUUGUUACACAAAGAUUCCGCAAAGCCUCAGCAUGGAAAUGGAACGUAUCAACAAGAUCCGAUUCAUGGAGUGAUGCACAUGAUGGACUUGAACACAAGAUUCCAAGAAGAACCAACGCAUUGGAAUUCCUAUGGUCAUUCAGCUCCAGUUGAUCUUAAUGGAAUAGUAUACCAAGAUCCAAGGGAUCAGUUUAAUUCAUAUCAAACCCAUAAUGGGGAAGCAAAUGUGCACAAAAUGACCUCAUCUGAUCCGCCUGCAUUGUCCACCGAUGAUCUGCAGAAAAUUCAGGUUGAUUGCUUAUCAGCUAUAGCUGUACAACUUCUUUUGAAGCUCAAGAGAUACUUAAAAGUCACGUACAGCUUAAAUGAUGACCGCUGCCAAGCCUAUUCUCCAACGGAACCAUUGAAGCCGGGAGAUCCUCUGUCCAAACAGAGCGUUGCCUUUGACCUCAGCGAAACUCGCACUGACUUACCUUCAACAUAUCAAGACUUGGUUCUGAGAUAUCAGGAAUUUAAGAACGCGAUGAGAGAAGAUACACUUGACUACACGAUUUAUUCAUCAAACGUCAAGAGAAAACGGCCAACACCAAGGAAAAGCUCAAGAUCUGCUAAGAAAGCAGUGGCCUACAAUGAGGAUGAUGAUGAUGACGACGACGGUGACAGAGGUUGGAAUGGAGGAGGAGGAAGCAGUGGUAUGAGUGCUCGGAGACUAAAUUACAGUACCAGAAAUAGCAACAGAAGGUAA